UACAAAUGCAAUUUGCCUCGGCUGCCUAUUCCAUGGCCGAGACAUGUUUGUACUACGGCGAAGGCUAUAUUGCCGAUCCGGCUAAGUGCAACGGUUGGGGUUAUUGCAGUGGCGGUGAAUUAAUUGCCCAAGGUGAUUGCCCCGGCACCUAUUUGUACAAUUCGAAGACAGGCCAAUGCGAUUAUCCCGACAAGGUGGAAUGCGCCAGCAAAUUGGAGAGUACCUGCAGUACUGUCACCUCACCCAUCUAUGUUGCCGAUCCCGAUGACUGCACCAAGGCCUGCUACUGCAACGAUGGCAAAUACAAAUGUGAAAAGUGUCCCGAAUAUCAGGUAUUCAAUCCCACAACCAGAUCAUGCGUCUACUCCAGCCAAUAUGCCUGUCCGGCCGAUUCGAUUUGUCGUCUAGUGCCCAACGGCAAAUGGGUAUCGGAUCCAGAUGCCUGCGGUAAUUACAUUACAUGUGUGGACGGCAGUGGAACUAGCCAGAAAUGCCCCAAUGAUCUAUUUUACAAUCAGUUCACGAAUACAUGUUCGUCCACGGACAUUUGUGCCCCAAGUACCAAUCCCCCAACAACUGUGUCAGCUGGUCCUGGUGUUGAUAAGAAUUUACCCGAUAGUACAACCGCCUGUGCUAAAAAUCCCGGCACCAAAGAACCCUUCUUUGUUUCGGAUGGACAAACUUGUAUGGGUUUCUAUUCGUGUGAAACAGUCGGUGCCGAGACGGGUGUUUGGGCCAAGUGUCCAAUGGGCACCCAUUUCGAUGAGGCCAAUCAAGCCUGUGUUACCCCCUAUACCGUUGACUGUCCAUACGAUCGUUGCGGCAAUAUUAAUCAGAACUUUGUUUCGGUUUUGGGCUGUCAAGAUUACUACUACUGUAUCAACCAGACUAAACAACCAGGAAUGGGUGGCAACUGUAAGACCAACAAUGCCAACUAUCCAUACUUCAGUGAAGUACAAAAUGCCUGUGUCAAUGCCGAUCCCGGAUAUGCUAUUUGCAAAGCCACCCCUCCCUCACCAGUGGGUAACUAA